AUGUCAUUCAACCGCAUUCUCAAGAAGAUUCCCAUUGGAAGCAUCGCCAAAAACGGACAAGAGAUAACACUCUCGGUGGCCACUCAAACUUCCGAUUGGCUCAGGCCUGAGUCUAUCGCGAUCCAGCAAGGCCCGGGCUUCGCGAAAGCCGUCGAGGCCCCCAAACAUCUAGUGCCAUCAGGAACAAAGGAGAGAAACUCGGCAUACGAGCGAUAA